AGUCAGGUUCGCAAUCUCUGACGAGUGAGCUAAAAAAGGCGCCUUUUUUUUUUUUUGAGUGUUCUCCUUUUUCAAUGAUCUCAAAACCAAACCCAUCUCUCAGAUCUUUUCUUAAAUAAUGCCUGAAUCGAUUCCGCUCAACAAACCCAUUCAUCAAAUCAAAGCUCUCUCCUUUUUUAUUUUUCUCAUUCUGGGUUCAGGGUUGGUGAGGUCGUACGAGUGUUGUUGUUUCAAAUUUUGAGGUCUAGGUACGUAUCUUGAGCUUUUAAUCUCAAAUGAGGAAUCUAGGGUUAGUCCAAAUUACUCUGCUUUGUUGUCUCUUUGUCUACUUCCGUACGGAUUCUUUUGUCUCCUGUUUAAACUCUGAGGGUUUGGCUUUACUCUCGCUUCUCGAGCAUUUUGAUAAAGUCCCACUUAAAGUAGCUUCUACGUGGAAGAAGAACACAUCUGAAACCACCCCAUGUGGUAACUGGUUUGGUGUCAGUUGUGGUAGUUCUGGUAAUGUCGAGAUGCUUGAUUUGCCUUCUUCUGGGGUUUCAGGCCAAUUAGGUUCUGAGAUUGGGGAGCUUAAGAGCUUGGUGAUUCUGGAUCUAAGUAACAACAGUCUCUCUGGUGUAUUGCCUUCUAGUUUAAGGAACUGUACUUCACUUGAGUUUUUGGAUUUGUCUAACAAUGGCUUUUCCGGAGAAGUUCCUGAUAUCUUUGGUAGCUUGAAGAACUUGAAGAAUCUCUAUCUUGAUCGUAAUACUCUUAGUGGCUUGAUUCCUCCAAGUGUUGGUCAAUUGGUAAAGCUCGUAGCUCUGAGUCUGACUCGUAAUGACUUGUCUGGUGCCAUUCCUGAGUCGAUAGGGAACUGCAGUAAGCUGAAGUAUCUGGCUUUGAAUGGGAACAAGUUAAACGGUUCUUUGCCUGUGAGUCUCAAUCUACUCGAGAAUCUUGGUGACUUGUUUGUCAAUAACAACAGUCUUGGAGGGAGGCUUCACUUCGGUUCUAGCAAUUGCAAGAAGUUGGUGAAUUUAGAUCUGUCUUACAACGGUUUCCAAGGUGGUGUUCCACCUGAAAUUGGCAAUUGUAGUAGCCUUCACUCUCUAUCCAUUAUCAACUGCAACUUAACAGGUACAAUACCAUCAUCCUUGGGUAUGUUGAACAAGGUUUUAUCUAUUGACCUUUCUGAUAACCGUCUCUCGGGUAGUAUCCCUCAAGAGCUUGGGAACUGCAGCAGCUUAGAAACCUUGAAGCUGAACAACAACCAGCUUCAAGGUGAGAUACCUCCUGCAUUGGGAAAGCUAAAGAAGCUACAAAACCUGGAGCUUUUUGUGAAUAAGCUGUCCGGUGAGGUUCCUAUUAGCAUAUGGAAGAUUCAGAGUCUGAAACAGGUGCUCGUUUAUAACAACACUCUCACCGGGGAAUUACCAGUUGAAGUAACUCAGCUGAAGCACCUUAAGAAUCUUACGCUGUUUCACAACAGCUUUUAUGGAGAGAUACCAAUGACGUUAGGAAUGAAUCAAAGCUUAGAGGAGGUGGACCUUCUUGGUAACCGUUUUACAGGGGAGAUACCACCCUAUCUCUGCCACGGACAGAAGUUGAGAAUUUUCGUCUUGGGUUCUAAUCAACUUCAUGGUACGAUACCAGCUUCUAUUCUUCAGUGUAAGACCCUCGAGAGAGUCAGACUUGAAGAAAACAAGCUUACAGGUCUUCUUCCGGAUUUUCCUGAGUGUCAUAGUCUUUCCUAUGUGAACCUCAAAAGCAACAACUUCAAAAGAUCCAUCCCGCGCAGCUUAGGAAGCUGUAAGAAUCUCAUUACCAUUGACCUUUCUCGAAACAAACUCACGGGUCUGAUACCUCCAGAACUGGGAAAUCUGCAAAGACUCGGAGAGUUGAAUCUUUCACAUAAUCAUCUGGAAGGUCCUCUGCCAUCCCAGCUAUCAGGUUGUGCGAGAAUGCUGUACUUUGAUGUAGGGUCAAACUCAUUGAACGGUUCUGUUCCAUCGAGCUUCAGAAGCUGGAAAAGCUUGUCCACUUUAGUUCUCAGUGAAAACAAAUUUUUAGGAGCUAUUCCACUGUUCUUGGCUGAGCUUGACCGCCUCUCAGAUCUGCGGAUAGCUCGAAAUGCUUUUGGAGGUGAGAUUCCUUCAUCGGUUGGCUUGUUAAAGAGUUUACGCUAUGGCUUAGACCUUAGUGGCAACGGCUUUACAGGUGAGAUUCCAACCGCAUUGGGGGAUCUUGUCAAUCUUGAACGACUCAACAUAUCAAACAACAAGUUGACGGGGUCUUUAUCUGUUCUUCAAAGGCUUACGUUUUUGAGUCAAGUUGACGUCUCGUAUAAUCAGUUCAAGGGUCCAAUACCGGCAAAUCUGAUAUCAAACUCUUCAAUGCUUUCUGGAAAUCCAGACCUAUGCAUUCAACCUCCUUACUCAGCAAGUGCCAUAACCCGCAACGAGUUUAAAUCUUGCAAAGGUCAAGCCAAACUUAGCACCUGGAAGAUCGCCCUUAUAGCAGCUGGGUCCUUUCUAUCUGUAUUGGUUUUGCUUUUUGCGCUGGUUUUGGUUUUCUACUGCUGCAAAAGAGGAGCCAAGAAAGAAGAUGCUAAUAAUAUACUCGCCGAGGAAGAAGGUCUCUCCUUGUUGCUGAACAAAGUUCUUGCAGUCACUGACAAUCUAGAUGACAAGUACAUUAUUGGAAGAGGAGCCCAUGGAGUUGUUUACAGAGCCUCUUUAGGGUCAGGCGAAGAAUACGCUGUGAAGAAACUCAACUUUGCGGAACACGUACGCGCAAACCAAAAUAUGAAGAGGGAGAUUGAAACAAUCGGGCUAGUCAGGCACAGAAAUCUCAUUCGGUUAGAAAGAUUUUGGAUGAGGAAAGAAGAUGGCUUAAUGCUGUAUCAGUACAUGCCAAAUGGAAACCUGUAUGACGUUUUGCACAGGCGUAAUCAAGGAGAAGCCGUUCUUGACUGGUCUGCACGGUUCAACAUAGCCCUUGGGAUUGCACACGGACUGGCUUAUCUACACCAUGAUUGUCAUCCACCAAUCAUUCACCGCGACAUCAAACCAGAGAACAUACUGAUGGACUUGGAUAUGGAGCCUCAUAUUGGAGAUUUUGGAUUGUCUCGGAUUCUAGAUGACUCAACGGUUUCAACUGCCACCGUUACAGGCACAACUGGGUACAUUGCACCAGAAAACGCUUACAAGACAGUGAGGAGCAAGGAAUCAGAUGUUUACAGUUAUGGAGUUGUUUUGCUCGAGCUGGUCACAGGAAAGAGAGCAGUGGAUAGAUCUUUCCCGGAGGGUACCAAUAUCGUGAGCUGGGUCAGAUCUGUAUUAAGUAGCUAUGAAGAUGACGAUGAUACUGCUGGUCCAAUAGUUGAUCCAACACUUGUGGAUGAGCUUUUGGAUACCAAGCUUAGGGAACAAGCAAUCCAAGUUACAGACUUGGCUCUAAGGUGCACAGACAAGAGGCCGGAGAACAGACCAUCCAUGAGAGAUGUGGUGAAACUUUUGACUGAUUUAAAAGAUUUUGUAAGAAGCACUUCAGGUUCAGAUCAGUAGUAUUGGAUUUUGCAUGUUCAUAGUUUAUUAGUUCUUUGAGAAUCAUUGCUGAAACAGAAGGGACAUAUGUAUGAAGGUUUAGAAACAAGCUGCCAG